UGUCUCUCCUCCACCACACCCCCGUCUCGCGCAGCACCUCACUGUGCGAGUAUCAGCGCAGCGGCCGUCCGCAUACUCCACCGCGUGCACCUGCCUGCGAUGCAGCGCCACUUGCUCAGUGGCUCGGCCCGAGCGCUGCGCUUGCGCUCUGCGCCUCGCCUCUCGCACUCGCUGCCCCUCGCCCUUCGUGCCGCUUCCACUUCUUCGUCUUCGUCCAGCAGCAGCAGCAGCUCCGCGCCUGCCUCCGCAUCCUCCACCGCGCCUCCGCCUCGCAAAGCCCUGCCCUCGGCGAAAGCCAAGGCGCAAGCGUCGGCCUCGCGUGCUCUGCGCGCCCAGCUCGCCUCGGCGCCGCAGCCGCAGCAGGCGCCCGUCGCACAGCAAGAGGCCCUCGCCGCCGUGUCUGCCGCGCCGGAGCUGCAGCAGGCAUGCGCAUACACGACGGCCGAGGCGUAUGAUCUCGAUGUGCUGCGCGAGCAGCUGGAGCGCAGGGGCAUGCGCCCAUGCAUGCUCGACGAUGAAGUGCUGCAUCUGCGCUGGCCGCCGCUGCCUUCUUGCGAUGCCGCCGCCGCCGCCGAUGCGGCGAUUCCUCCGACGGCACAGGCUCAGCAACAGGGCGACGUGCUCAUCUUGCGCUCCGGCUCCUACGUCACCUGGGGCCUGGCGCCCGAGCAGAGCCGCAGAGUGCUGCGCGCCGUGAUCCGCACGCGCCGCCGAGGCGCAGGCGCAGGCGGCGCAGUGGAGGCGCCAGUGGAGCGCGAGCCGUUUGGAGAGGUGGGAGAUGAGGGCAUGGAGUACGUUGCACAGAGCGAUAGCGCAACGCGAAUCAUAGGCGAUCUGCUCAUCCUGGGCGACGCGCCGCCAGUGCUGCCCAACAAUCGCAAUCCCACCGGCGACCAUUGGAGUCCCCUGUCUGCCAAACUGGCCUUUUCGCAGGGCUUGGCGAGAUCUGCUCGGUUAUCAGUGCAAGAGUCGGCGCUCGACGUCUUUCUGGAGCAGUGUGCGCCGCUGCCGCGCCUGCUCGAGACGGAAGGCAAGGUGCCGCUGCCGCGCAAGCAGGUGGUGCGGCGCAUGGGCACGCUGCUGCGCCUAAGGCAGCGUGCCAACUUGUCGAGGGACAAUUUCUUCGAUGAGCCUGAGGUGUAUUGGGAAAACGAGUAUCUGGCGCAUCACUACGACUCCAUCUGUGCCACACUCGACAUUGAGAGCCGCUUUCGCGCCCUCAACGAGAAGCUGGACCACUGCGAAAAUCUGCUGGGCGUGCUGCGCGCGCUCCUGACCGAGGCCAGUAGCCAUCGCAUGGAACUACUCAUCUCCCACGACUACGUGCCCUCGCCGAUCCGCGCCUACAACGAGCUCAUGGCGCUGCUGGGCCGGCCGCACUUGCGCCUCCAAGCGCGCGGCGGCGGCGCGGCGCACGAGGAGAAGGAACAGUCGACGCGGCAGGCAGAGAGGGUCUCGGGCAGCAGCAUGGCGCAUCAGCUCCGAGAGAGCUCCUCGGCGGCGUCGCAUGCUAGACUUGUCUGAAUACUACUCUAUCAAACCUACAC